AUGGCAUGCCAAGUCGAUGCGCCGCCGGAUUUCUCGGCGGAGACGGCGACUCAGCAGACUCAGAUCGAUUCCGUCGCCCGCGCCUUGGUGCGCAGCGUGUCCUUGGCAGCGCUGGGUGCGUGGCUGGCGGCCGAGCGGAGCGACGUGGAGAAGGCGCUGCGCCGGGCCAUGCGCGACAGGCACCGCGAGCUGUGCCAAGCCACGCGUGCGCAGAUCGCGAAGCGGGUGCUGGGGGUGGCGGUGCUCCGAAAGCGCCUGGCGCACCUCCUGCAGCGGGCGCAGCUUCCGGAGAGCGCGGAGCUGUUGCUGGCGCUCUUCGAGCGCCGCGAGCUGAAGGUCGCGUCGGAGCUCGACUUGCGGGGAGCGGCAGAGGCGCCGCUCUUCGAGGAGCACGAGCGGCCCUCCGCCGCUGUGCGGCUUUCGGUGGCGUGGUCCCUGCCGACGUGGGUGGCGGAGGAGUGGGUGCGGCAGUUUGGCGCCCUCGAAGCCUUCCGUCUUGGACGCGCGAUGAGCUCUCCUGCUCGGGUCACGCUGCGAGUGAACACGUUCAAGACAAGCCGCGCGGAGCUGAUGGCCGUACUCGCCAAGCGCGGCGUGCGCAGCUGCCCCACCGCGCAGAGCCAAUUGGGCCUGUGGUUGCCUGACGGGCGCCCGCCCGGCGGAGGCGUUUGGCAGCUGCCGGGCUACAAGGAGGGCCUCUUCGAGGUCCAGGACGAAGGAUCGCAGCUGGUGGCCUUGGCCACGGAGGCCCGGGCUGGGGAGCGGGUGGUGGACUACUGCGCGGGCCGGGGCGGCAAGACCUGGGUCCUGGCGCAGCUGGUGGCGCCCGACGGCCUCGUCCGCGCCUGGGACGUGGAGGACUUCCUGCGGCAGCAGCUGGUGGGCGCCCGCCAGAGCCGCGCGCAGGCGCAGGGCCUGGUGGAGGUGCUCCACGCCAAACCCCAGGAGCUCGCGGAUGUGGUGCUGGUGGAUGCGCCCUGCUCCUCCUCUGGGGUGCUGCGGCGGCACCCAUCCCAGCGCUGGGCGUUGGACGGAUCCAUUGAUCUGCCAGAGCUGCAGCUGGAGAUUCUGAGCGAGGCAUCGCGCCUGGUGCACAAGGGCGGGCGCCUGGUCUACGCCACCUGCUCUCUACUCGGCGAGGAGAACCAGGCGGUGGCGGAACGCUUUGAGGCCUCGACCGAUGGCCUUGAGUUUCAGAGGUGGCCCUUUGCUGAUGGCAGGAGCAUGGCGGACUUGGAUGACAAUCUGGAUGAAGCAGAGAGGGCCUUUGAGAGUCAGUAUGAGCGUGUGGAGCCUUCCCUUCUUGGUGAGGGAACCUAUGGCAAGGUCCACAAGGCCCGAAACAUCCGCAGCAACGAGCUGGUGGCCAUGAAGCAGAUGAAGAUCGAGAGCUCGGAGGAUGGCAUACCCAGCACUGCGCUGCGCGAGAUCUCACUUUUGAAGGAAACAAAAGACCAUCCGAAUAUCGUGCGGCUUUUGAACAUCUUCUACAAGCCCAACAAGUUAGUGCUGGUUUUCGAGUACGUCGAGAACGAUCUGAAGAAGCAGCAGGGCCGCCGUGAAAGCUUCGGCAAUGCAAUGGGCGGCACUGGCCUCCUUGUGUCCCUGGAGCCAGGAGACCUGGACUUUGAGAAAGCUUUGCCGCUGGAGUCUGGCCGACCCUUUGCCCUGCGCCUGGCGCCCAGCAAGUCUGCUUGGGCCGCCGCGGAGCUGUUCCCGGGCUGGAGGCAUCGAAGUCCAAAGCGUCCGCUGGAGCCGGUGAUUUGUGUGGAUCUGGAGCUGGAUGAGCCAGAUGAGCCAACUGAGGGCUCGUUGCCAGCGGCGGCGCCCUCCCUGAGGGAGGCCGUGGCAUCGGCAGAGCUGCAGAUUGUGGCGGAUGACGGAGACGUCGACGAGGAGCGCGACAGAGACUUCGCCCUGGUGUCCUUUGGACCCCAGGCACGGGCCGGCUUCAAGGCACCUCGGAGAGCUGAUGCGCACAGUCGGGAGAUGCAGGCAGAGGAGUGCCUCCUGGGGCCGGGCGCGCGGCACCAGUUCAAGCGCCCCCGCGCCUUGGCCACGCCGGCCAGGGCCGAGGGAUUCCAAGGGAGGGCCAGCACUGCAGGCCUCAUUUGCUCUGCUGCGGACCUGCUGCGGGCACAGCGGCCAGAGUGA